CUAUUAAUUAAACUCCAUACAUUUCUCUCUCUCAUUUACACCACACUUUCUCUCUUCAUUUACACCUUCAACUCUCUUCUAAACACAACUAUUAUUGCCCUUUCACCCAAACCAACACCACACAACAACAACUGUUCAGUCAUAUAAAUGUCUCAAACCUUAACUCACACCAUGCACCGUUCACCUGAACCUCUGUCCCUUCAGGUGGACAACAACCACUCUGGAAGAAGCACCACCGUCACUGAGAUAGAGGAAGAUAACUCCUCAGACUUCCCCUUCAACAAUGAUUCUCUUGUUACCAUUAACGAACAAGACAAGGAGGAGGAAGACACUGUCUAUGUCGCCGUCGGAAAGAGCCCCAGCAGCAUCGAAGCCUUGUCAUGGACCCUCACCAACUUCACCACUCCAUCUACCAUUCUCUAUCUCAUACACGUUUUCCCAGAGAUCAAGCACCUUCCAAAUCCAUUGGGAGUUGGAGUGAUUCCGAAGGAGCAAGUGAGUCCUGAGCAGGUAGAGAGCUACAUGGCACAAGAAAGAGGCAAGAGAAGAGAGCUCCUUAACAAAUUCCUGCAAUUAUGUUCUGCUUCCAAGGUUAAGGUCGAAACAAUCUUGAUUGAGAGUGACUUGAUUGCAAAGGCUAUCAUCGACCUCAUUCCCAUUCUUCAAAUAAGAAAACUAGUGAUUGGAGCAAGCAAAUCUCAAAUACGAAAAUUGAGAUCAAAGAAAGGGAGUGGCAUAGCUGAUCAGAUACUUCAGAAUGCUCCGGAAAGUUGCAAUGUGAGUAUUGUAUGUGAAGGAAAGGAAGUAAAUGAACAGAUAGCCGCUGCCAUUGCCACUGAUACUUCCAUGUCCCAGAAAAACAAGCAUCAGCAAAAUGCUUCGGUUUCGUGUGUUUGCUUCAACUUUUAAGACCAAAGCUUUUCAUAAGUACUGUGUGUCAGUCACUGAAUUUCAGCAUUGGGAAUAGUUCACUAUAUCAAUGUUGGUUUUAGAUUUUACCCUUUGAAAAACCAACAAUGUUCAUCAAUCUACCAUUGUUUAUAUAGAGAUGUGGAUUGGGUUUAAGAAAAUCUAGCAUAUAUUUAGAA